AUGUCGGUGAACGUGUACAUUGGCCUGGCCAAGUACCGUAUCCUCAAAUUCCAAGACCAGUCCUCGGUGUCGGCACCCCUGGGGUCAGUCCCCAUGGACCUGCGUGUGACGGAGCGUGUGAUGCGGCCGGGUUCGGACACAGCCCUGCUGACGCCCCUGCACCCCCCGCUGCUCCUCAGCCCCUUCUCCCCCCAGCCCUGCACCCCUUUCUCGCAGCAGCAGCUGCACCAGCACAUACGGUUCAACAUGGAACAACGGAGACGUGAGCAGGAGCAGGAGAAACAGCAAGAGCUGCAGCAGCUGUGGCACAAGGACAAGAGCCAACAGAGUGCCGUGGCCAGUUCCCUGGUGAAGCAGAAGCUCCAGGAGGUGAUUCUGAAGAAGCAGAAACAACAAGCCCUGGGAAGAACCAGCUCCAACCCUCUCAGUGGUCCCCCUGUGGGCUACAGGGAGCUGGUUCCAGACCCCAGUGGGCCGCCCCAGCCUCUAGUGUCCUCCCCCGCACAGGCCUCAGAGCCCAACCUGAAGGUGAAACACAAGCUGAAGAAACACCUGAACACUCGUAAGAGUCCUCUGACACGCAAGGAGAGUGCCCCGUCCCCCAUCAAACACCGGGUGCCCGACACUCUGGACUCGUCCCCCAGCAGCAGUAGCACACCAGUGUCUGGCUGCAGCUCGCCUAACGACAGUCUACCCAAUGAGAACGGAGUGCUGCAAUCUGUUGGCGGGCUGUCCCAUGAGGUUAUUAUCCGAUUGGCCCAGAGACUGCUGCUCCAGGAUGGGUCUCUAGCCCAUUUCACCAUCCAGAGUUCCUCUGUCCUACCCACCAUCACCCUGGGCCUGCCAGCCAACGCCAGGAGUGAUGGAGACUUGUCCCGUCUGAAGGUGGGCCGGGUGCCUAUGGUGGCGGGAGGCCAGUCUGUCUACCUUCCUCUGGGGACGGAGAAGCAGAGUGGGUCGCUGUCCCCUCACUUCCAGCCUGUCCUCAUCCUGGAGCCCUCCGGACUGGUGCACGCCCCAAUGCUCGCUGUUCCAGGCCUGGGCCCUGUUCCUCUGCAGUUUUCCCCCCAGACGGAUCAUCUGGCCCCAGAAGGGGGCCCUCACAAGCCUCUGAGCCGGACUCGCUCAGAGCCCCUGCCGCAGAGCCCCAGAUCCCUUCACCCCCAUCUGCUGCAGCAGCACCACAACAGCCAACUAUUGGAGAGACUUAAACAGCAGACACAUCUGGGAAAGCUGAUGUCUAAGACCAGUGAGAAGCCUCGUCUCAAACAGAUCCCCUCAGAAGACAUGGACUCUGAGGAGGUGGGGCCAGCGCCCAGCGACAUCUAUCAGGGCAGAGCAAGGGCGGAGUCACUGAGGGAGGCGGAGCUCGUGUCUGCGGCAGACAGCCGGGGAGGACAGAUCAACCUGCAACACACACUCAUACUCAACCAGUCGUUGCUAUGGGAGAAACAGAAACAGCUGCAGCAGCUGCGUCGCCAGACAGCCCACAUGGAGACACUGGCGGUACCCAUUAUGCUUGGCGGUGCCCACCGCCCCCUCUCCCGUACCCAGUCCUCGCCAGCCUCCACAUCCCUCACGUUGCCAGACAUACCCCUACCCCUGUCCACCCCAGAACCACAGAGCAAACCACGCUUCACCACCGGUCUGGUUUAUGACUCUCAGAUGCUGAAGCACCAGUGCACAUGUGGUGACAACAGCAGCCACCCAGAGCAUGCUGGGAGGAUCCAGAGUAUCUGGUCACGUCUCCAGGAGAGAGGUCUCAGGGGCCAGUGUGAGACUCAUCGAGGUGGGAAGGCACUCUGGAGGGAGCUGCAGUCGGUCCAUUCAGAGCGUCAUGUCCUUCUGUACGGCACAAACCCUCUCAACGCGCUCAACUGGACAACCGCAAGCUGGCCGGUGGAUAAUGACACAAUCUGGAACGAGUCUCAUACAUCCACGGCAUCGCGCAUGGCUGCAGGCAGCGUCACAGAGCUGGCCUUCAGAGUGGCCAAACGAGAACUCAAGAAUGGCUUUGCAGUGGUGAGACCUCCAGGCCACCAUGCUGACCCCUCCAACCCAAUGCUAACCACAGCGGGCUCUGCUGAGCUUUGCAGUGUCAGCAGCCUGUCUGACGAUGGAUAUUUAUGGGCUGAUAGUGAAGCUGGGAAGGAGAAGAACAGCGAAGAUUUAUGCCUCUUCUCUACUCUCCUACGAUUAGAUGUUCACCAUGGUAAUGGGACCCAGGAAGUGUUUUACAAUGAUCCCAGUGUGCUGUAUAUCUCACUGCAUCGCUAUGACGACGGCAACUUCUUCCCUGGCAGCGGCGGGCCGGCUGAGGUGGGAUCUGGUGCUGGAGAGGGCUUCAAUGUCAAUGUGGCCUGGACUGGAGGUCUGGACCCCCCUAUGAGUGAUGCUGAGUACAUCACUGCUUUUAGGACGGUGGUGAUGCCCAUAGCUCAGGAGUUCUCCCCUGACGUGGUCCUGGUCUCCUCGGGGUUCGAUGCAGCAGAGGGACACCCUGCACCUCUAGGGGGUUACAAGGUCACCGCCAAAUGUUUUGGGUUCCUUACCCGGCAGCUGAUGGGUCUAGCUGGAGGCCGGGUGAUCAUGGCUCUGGAGGGAGGUCACGACCUCACGGCCAUCUGUGACGCCUCUGAGGCCUGCGUCAGUGCUCUGCUGGGUAUUGAGGAGCCUCUGUCGGAGGAGGUGCUGCUGCAGAAGCCCAAUGCUAACAGUGUUCACUCGCUACUGAGAGUCAUACAGAUACAUGGUCAGUAUUGGCAGUCCCUGAAGCUGUUCAGUAGCUCUGUGGGACUGUCCUACCUGGGUGCUCAGAGGAGAGACUGUGAGGAGACUGAUGCUGUCAAUGCUCUGGCCUCUCUGUCUGUGGGGGUCCUGACCAGUAGGAGCCACCCAGACGAGCCUAUGGAGCAAGAUGAGGACUCCAUGUAG